AUGCUCGCAUGCGGCACGUGCGGUGGCCCAGAAUGCGCCUCGAACAAGCGUGACGGACUAGACUGUUGCAUCGACGACAUCAUCCGGACGUGCGAUCCGUGCGCUAGACCUGGCACCCGGCCCCCGUGCGUCAUUGACGAUCCCCGUUUUCCAACUUCAUGCCAUCACGUGUACCUCGUGCACCAUCAAAACAGCGCUCCUAUUUUCACCCCGAAACUGAACACGAACAUCUGGACCGACUGUUACACCGACUCCCACGCCGACCCCAGCACCAAUUCCUGCACGGACCCCAGCACCGACACCGGCACCGACGCCUGCGCCGACUCGUGCACCAACCCCGGCACCUACCCCAGCACCGACUCCCGCGCCGACUCUUGCGCCGACCCCAGCACCUACCCCGGCACCGACCCCAGCACCGACCCCAGCACCUACCCCGGCGCCGACUCUUGCGCCGACCCCAGCACCUACCCAAGCACCGACCCCCGCGCCGACUCUUGCGCCGACCCCAGCACCUACCCCAGCACCUACCCCAGCACCGACUCCCGCGCCGACUCCCGCGCCGACCCCAGCACCUACCCCAGCACCGACUCCCGCGCCGACUUCUGCGCCGACCCCAGCACCUACCCCAGCACCUACCCCAGCACCGACCCUGGUGCCAACUUCUGCGCCGACCCCAGCACCUACCCCGGCACCUACCCCGGCACCUACCCCAGCACCGACUCCUGCGCCGACCGCCGAGUCAACGCCGGAGCCAACGCCGGAGCCAACUCCGGAAUCGAUUGA